AUGUCAGAGAGUACGAGUGCUGCAACUACACCAAAGAGACCAACGUCAAAAAGACUUUCCGUUGAAUUCAGCAACCCUAUAUCUGUAUCCCUAUCUAGUGCAGAAAGCACAAAACUCAAAGAUGAUACUACUAGCCACUCACCGGCAACUCCCUCGCCCCCCAGCAAAGUAAGAAGGUCAUCGACAUCUAUGGGUUAUCUAUCGACACCAGUUCACAGAAAGACGGAUCAAUCCAUGCUGCUGAAUCCAGAUACCUCAAGUUCAAACCAGAACUCUUAUCAUAAGGACAUGUUUACAUCACCUAGCACACAACAAACACAUCAAAGGACACGAACACUUCCUCCUACGACUCCAAAAUCAAGGAACCAUGAAGUUUUUCUUUCACCAUCACCAAAGUUAAAAUCACCUAAAGUGAAUUCAAUAAACAAAGAAAAGGAUAAACCAAUAAGAGAAAUAUCAAAUAAUUUGAAAACCAGAUUAAAUUAUGCAUUUGUAAAACUACAGAACGGCUGGGUUGACAAAACGUUACCAGAACUAGAGAAUGAGCUCGAUGCUACUCACCAUACUGCUUACAUAAAUAGGUUUGCCAAGGGUAACGGAAGUGAUUCUGACAAUGAUGAAGUAAGGAUAAUUGAUGAAGGCGAUACAACGUCUGCACACUUAGCAUUCAUUAAAGCACUCUCAUCUCCGAAAAGCAAUAGUGCCGGUCAACAACAGCUUCUGCCAGCCGCUAACAAGGAACAUAAGAAGCAAAGGUCGACAGAAGUAGAAGCAAUAGAAACGCUGAUGUCACUGUCAAGUCCCAAGAAACAAAGUAGACCUUCGUUUAGUCCGAAUUCGACAAGCAUAACUACAACACAAAAUGACACUGACGUAGAGACGGAAGCGGACUUAUCAGACCAUUCUUAA